UACUUCCUGAGAGAGCGAGAGAGACAGAGACAGAGAGAGAUUUAGAUAUCUUGCUGAUCAAUUAACAGUGUGGUUUGUGUUUCAGACAAGGUGGAGCUUUCUCCAUCAGACAUCGACAUGGAAAUCAUGUUCUAUGGUGUAAAUGGCACACUAAAUGAGACUAUGAGAAACUUCACCAAUGAGUUGGUGCUGGUCAACAGCUCUCAUAGCAGCAAUACCCAGAGCACAAAGAACCCUGGGAUAUAUCAUUCAGAGGAAGAAGAGAAUGAAGCAGAGGAGAGCAAGAUGGACAUAAAUUCAGAGAGUUAUACAGUUCAGAAAAAGGAAGAGGAGCCAAUAAAAUAUGAGGAUGGGGUCUCCAAUGUUACUUCUGUGCUGAUAACAGAACAUCUGGGCAGAGAUAAAGAGGAAAUCCUUACUACCCACAAUGCAAUGGAGUGGAGCACAAACAAUGAGCCGACUGUUAGCAUAGCGCUAACCACAAUAACAGAAUCACAGACUGUCACAGACAUACCAGAUACAUACACAAACACACACAGCCUGCACUAUACACCCCACACAACAUACACACACACUCUUACACAAUCUGACCAUCAUUCAUCUGAGGACGACGACGAUGAGAGUGAUAAAGACACCUUUCAUUUAGCUGCAAGCAAACCUGUCACGCACACACCUGCGCAUAAUACACACACCGUAAAACCUGUUACACAUACUACAACUAAUUACUCAAAUGACAUCGCUAAACCGUAUGUCAGCCCACCUUUACACAUCCUAACAGAGGAAAAGAGUGAGGAGUCAAUGGAGGAGAGAGAAGAGGAGCAGGAAAUGACAGAGAGGGACAAAGAAAUAGAAAAACAUUCAACACAAACCAAUCAAAGGCCUUUUAUAGUUUUGACCACACCCACUAAAAUAACAGCCAAUCAAAACUCACUUCACAAAACAACCUCGCCCACUGCUACUAAUAAAUACACAGUGGCUGCGACCACUUCUGUGCCACUUCCAUCUAUGAGAGGAAGUGGAGAGAGAGAGAUAGGAGAGAUGGAGAGAGAGAGUGAAGAAGAUAAAGAGACAGAAAGAGAGAGUGAUUUCAUAGUAAACCCACCAAACAAGAGUCAGGAAAACAGCGCAGAAAAUGACGACUUAACCACAACCAAACCGACAAUUCGAACACAAGCCAACACGAAGCCAUCUCAAUCUAAAGAGGAUGAAAGGCACAAUAUAGAAAGCAAGGAAGAUCUACAAAGUGAUGAAGAAGAGAAAUCAGUCAAUACCCAAACAACCACGAUCCCAUCCAGGGUCGGUGAGGUCAGUCCAUACAUGUGGAUAAUCCCAGCACAGUUCCUUAAACCUCCCAUUGACAGUCCAUCACCAAGACCAACGGUUUACGCAGCUGCAAAACCAACUAGAAACAACAAGACCACAUCUACAGUUCACAAGCCUGUCAGCACACAGACCACAAUAUCAGGACAUGCUGCUGUUGAAACCAUCCCUCAUCCCCUGAAACCUCCCCGUCCCGCCCUGGAUCAGUUACCUUCAUUGACCACUGUAACUGCUCACCAAGAGUCUGCUGAGGAAGAGGAGCAGGAGGAAGAGGAAGAAAAAGAGCCAUCUGACAGCUCACAGGAAUCAGAGAAAAUCGAGUCUCACCAGGUCCGGAGACGGGCGGCGCCAUCCUUUGCCUGGUCUCUACUGGAGGCCGCUGGACUGUCAGACCUGCAGCAGCAAGAAGACUCUGAAGAGUGCAGCACGUCUUUCCUCCAGUACAGUGCAUCUGGACAGGUGUUGAGGGACAUGUCUGCUCUGGGAGAAAUGCUGCACUGUCUGACUGGACGAUGUCCUCACGAGUAUCAACACUAUGGCUGCUACUGUGGACAACAGGGGACAGGAAACCCUGUAGACCAACUGGACCGGUGCUGUUUUCUGCAGCAGUGCUGUUUGGAGAAGCUUAGUUUGCUGGGCUGCAGAAAAAACAGAAAACUCAACGCUCAAAUCAGCUGCCAAAAUGGAAAGCCUCGAUGUACCGGUGUGAGCGUGUGUGACCGGCUCCAGUGCGUCUGCGAUCGCUCGACUGCCGAGUGCAUGGCGGCUUCACACUUCAACCAAUCAGUCACCACCUCAUGUUCCGGGCCCCGCCCACAGUGCCUCCGAAAGCCUCAUUCUUCAACACAAUCAGCCAGUGAGGACUCCAGUGAGGAGAGCAAUGAAAUGACCCCAUCACGGCCUCAAAUGAACACACAAGACCCAUCAAACACGCACGUUCAGCCACAUAAACCCACAGUCAACAAGAACCCCCAACACAGCAAACCACAACUGGGCAUCAAAGAGGAGGAGGAGGAGGAGCCAGGAAUGGAAAAAGAAGAGGAGGAGGAGGAGGAAGAAAAAGAACAAGAAGAAGAGGAGGAAGAGGAAUUGGAGCAGUAGGAGGAAGUGGUUCUAUAAUUUUUUCCUUUUUCAGGGAGCUCUCAAUGAUAGAUGAAUCAGUAAGAAAAGAUGUAAUCUGAACUCACUCAUGGCCACACAAGAUCAUUCAAGAUCUGCUGCUUCUCCUCCGCUUGUGUUUGAUCUGCUGAAAGACUGCGUUUUUGUGCUGAAUUGUGAAUGUUUCAGUAUGUUUCUCAGUAUUUUUUAUCUAAUUGUAACUGAUUAUUGUUUAAUUAAAAAUAAACACUUUUAUUGUUUAUGUAAAAAGUUUGAAUCCGCAUAAAA